AACAUACUAAAAUUUUACUUAAGGGGGAACCAGCCCUUUAAAGCAACAGGGCAUCACUAGUUCCCAUCCCAGUUGCUUUCUUGCUUACUCCUUAUCAAAAAGCACAAGUUAUGCUCCCCUCUGUAUGCUCAUACUUCAAGUACCAUUGCUACCCCUGGUCCCUUUCCCAGAUUUUCCUGCAUUUUCCCUAGCCUGCUGUUUACAACACACAACCCCAGACUGUCUUCCUUAGCAGCCUAUUGUUUCCCAAUCAACAGACUCUCAAACUUGGUUUCACUGGCUUUGCUCUGUUGAUAGCCCAUUGUUUCCAAUCAACAAUCGCCUCCAUACAGUUCCAUUUGGCAGGAUCCAACACACAGCCUUAUGGGUCUUCGCUUGUAGUCACUGCACUCUGCCUCUUAUAAAUGUUAAUGCACCUUGCACGUAAUUCCCCAAGAGAGAUGUUGCUUUUCAUCCAUGCUGAUAUAUUGCAUGCAGUUGUAAAACACAUGUUCUUUGCACACUCCCAAUAUUACAAUAGAAUACUAGUUUUUUUAAAAAAAUGCCAUAUUGGGAGUAAACCCCCUAAGGCAGUUUGACUAUACAUUAUGUACUUCUGUGUGGUUUCAGGAUAAUAUGUUUGACAUGCAGGUGCCCUAAUACUUUUGUCAAUAUAUUUGUAUCUUUGCAGCUGCUGGCUGUGUAGGUUUUGCCUUUGGCUCAUCUGUAGCACAGAGGCUUCAGACCUACACACUUACUGUAGUUACUGUAAACAAGUCUGUAUAUAACAUAUGCACUUAUUUCCACAUCAUAGUUAGAUUUCAGAGGAAAAAAUGGUAAGCCUUUCAGAAUAAUUUUCCUGGUUAUAUUUAAAACAAAAUUUUUUCUCUCCUCUUCAUGCACCCCCACCCCUUCCCUCUCUUUCUGUAUGUGGCAUUCUGAAAACCGGUUUUGCCUCCACCCUCUCCCCUCCCCUCUGUCACAAGUGUGUGCUGCUACCGAAGGAAACGAGUAGGGGGUUAGAGAAGGGGUGGGGGAUAAAGGCAGUGAGCACAUCAUCCUGCUGCUUCCUCUAGCUGAACCCUUUCCCUGCCAGAACAACACUCUCAGACAGGAGACGUGCAGACAGUGGCUGCUCCGCCUCCUCCUGCUCUCCUCAUCUUCUGGAGAUGUGUCCAGCACUCCUGAAACACUCAGGUCCUCGUUGGAGAUCAGCAGAUGCUCCUCCCCCUUUUUGCUUUGACUUGGUGUGUGUGUGAGCCGCUUGGAACAGCCUCAUCCCCUGAGCACAUCUCAGGCUUCUAAUCACUUCAACACUCUAGCACAUCUCCAGUUCAGAUUAUUGCUUUCUGCCAUCUCCCGCCAUCACAGGAGUAAGGGAAAUCAUUCUUUCUCUCCCGAAAUCCCCCCCAGUUUGACUGCUCUGCAAAACAAUUAGUAAUCCACAUCCUUUUUGUGUUGGACUCCAUGCUACUCCACCAGGCAUUCUUACCAUUUUGCUUUUGGGGAUUUCUCUCUUCAUUUAUUUCUUUUUUUUUAAAACAAAAUAAUAACCAGUUGCCCACCCCCUCGUUGCCCACAGCUCAGUGCUUUGGCUGCUUUGUGCAACAUGAGGCUAACAAGAAAUGGGCGCGUUGUCUCCCACGGGCUGGAUGCUGGAAAUCGGCGGGUGGAGGAGCUGGCCCUGCCUGUCAGGAACCCCUUUGUGCAUGACCUGAGCUUCAGCCCACUGCAGAAAGCCAAAAUCCUCUUCAUGACUUUGACUGUGUUCCCCAUUCGACUUUUCUUUGCUGCUUUCAUGAUGCUCCUGGCUUGGCCUUUUGCUCUUAUUGCUGCAAUGGGCCGUAAAGAUGAAGAUCUUGAAAAGCCCAUGUCCUGGUGGAGAAAGUUGCUUGACUUGCUACUGAAAGCAAUAAUGAGGACUAUGUGGUUUGCUGGGGGUUUUCACUGGGUGACGGUAAAGGGGAGGCAGGCAUUGCCAGCAGAAGCUCCAAUUCUAACCCUAGCUCCACACUCUUCCUACUUUGAUGCUAUUCCAGUUACAAUGACAAUGGCCUCCAUUGUGAUGAAGGCAGAAAGCAAAGACAUUCCAGUUUGGGGAACUUUAAUCAACUACAUUCGACCAGUAUUUGUAUCCCGUUCUGAUCAAGAUUCUCGUAAAAAGACAGUGGAGGAGAUCAGAAGACGAGGUCACUCAAAUGGCAUGUGGCCACAGGUAAUGAUUUUUCCAGAGGGAACCUGUACCAACAGAUCCUGUCUCAUUACCUUCAAACCUGGUGCCUUUAUUCCUGGAGUCCCUGUACAGCCUGUGGUUUUAAGAUAUCCAAAUAAGGCGGAUACAAUAACCUGGACCUGGCAGGGACCUGGAGCGUUGAAAAUACUGUGGCUUUCUUUAUGCCAGUUUCACAACUAUGUAGAGAUUGAGUUUCUUCCGAUUUAUAACCCAUCAGAAGACGAAAAAAACAAUCCUGCACUAUAUGCAAACAAUGUGAGGCGAGUAAUGGCCAAAGCAUUGGGCGUGUCUGUCACAGAUUAUACAUUUGAAGACUGCCAGCUGGCACUGGCUGAGGGACAACUCCGUCUCCCUUCAGAUACUUCACUUUUGGAGUUUGCAAGACUGGUGCGAAGCCUUGGUCUGAAACCAGAGAAACUUGAGAAGGAGCUUGAUACAUUCUGUGAAAGAGCCAGGAAAAGAAAUGGGGAGAAGAUCACCCUUCAUGAGUUUGCUACAUACUUACAUGUUCCAGACACAGAAAAAUUAGUAGAUCUGUUUGCCUUAUUCGAUGAAAAUGAAGAGGGCACUAUUGACCUAAGAGAGUAUGUAAUUGCUCUCUCUGUUGUCUGUAGACCUUCAAAGACUUUAGAAACUAUUGAACUGGCAUUCAAGAUGUACCAGUCAGAAGAUAGAAAAACCAUAGUGGAAGAGGACCUUGCAGUAAUAUUGAAGACUGUAUUAGGCAUAUCAGAGCUGAAUGUUUCAGAUCUCUUCAGAGUUAUAGAUCAGGAAAAUGUGGGGAAAAUAACAUAUGAUGAGUUUAACAGGUUUGCAAUAAUGAACCCAACGUUUGCUGAAGACUAUCUUUACCCAGAUCAGGUGGACCUUGCUUCAUGUAUGGAAAGCCACUCGCCUACAACCCCUAAUGGCAUCUGUCCAGAUUUUACACCGGAGGAAAUGGAAAGAGCAGAGAACCACAACAAGCAAAAGAAGCUGAACUAAUCUGAAUGACACAUCUCCUUUCCAGUGGCAUAGUACCUCUUUUACAUCUCUAAAUUGUACCAAUUUUUACACAAUUUCUGUAUUCCACUUGAUAAAAUGUCUUUUUAUUGCAUUCUUUAACCAAUUAUAAGGUGUUUGGAAAUCAAAGAUCAAGUGCUCUGCCACCAAUGUGUGUGCGGUAAAAAAUACAACUAGCUUAACGAAAAAGUUGACUGCUUUUAUGAAGGAUUAAUCAUGGUUUUAACAAUUUGAUAUCCACAUUGGCAAUUGCUUUAGGAGUGAGGCAGUAAGUGCUACUGUUAAAUCCUCAAAUGCCAGCAAUGUCUGCCUUGAAUUUUUUUCUUUGGAAGAAGGUACAAAAGGCCACAAAUUCGUUACAUGUCAAAAGCUGUUUUAAAGACAAAUGGCAAUGUUUGAUCAAUUUUUAAAAGUAUUAUGUAAAUUUCCCCCAUACCUGCUGUGUUAAGAGGUCUUUCUUUAUCAGUUUUGCAGUUGGAAAGUUGCACCGCUGUAUAGCACUUUAUUUAUCCUCUUUUGAUUGUUGGUGUGAAGAACCUAAAAUUCCCCUGGCAAGGAAGCAGCACAUAUUUACUGUUCAUUCCUUCCUGUGCUGUACAAAGCGUGCAUGUACAACAGAUAAUGUAACUAGCUUGGUGUAUAGUGCACUUUGGUGAAUUGGUUUGUUUUAGAUUACAGGUUAUUUUGUGUUGAAUUUAUGACUUACUAAUUACCGAUAGUUAUUUUGUUUCAGUAACAUAUUCGUUACAGUAUCCAGACAUCAAUGUAGAAUUACAAACAGAGCUCUUACAUUAAAUUUCUUUUGUGUGUUUUUUUCAUUUUAUUAGUCUUAAAUAAUGUUGGAGUGUGUUUUGUUUGGCAACUGGGCUUACAGUCUUCCAUUACCUCAAACAAAGUGUUUUAUUUUCUUUUUUUGUGUGUCCCGCAGAGAAGGACCAGAAUGGUAUAACCUAUUUUAAACGGUUACAUUCUAACAUCUGCUGGCAAUUGGAAUUGGUUGCAUGAUAAUGUGAAUUUUUUUUUUUUUUUAUCCCAGUAGCCAGAUUGAACAUUAAAUCCAACUGAGCCAAGAGAGAAAUUUACCUUGCUUUCCCCAUCUUGAAAACUGUGGUAUAUUUCUGACUGACCGCUGUUAUUUCCACCACCACUGCUUUUUAGAAAUCGAUGUCAAUGAAAACUAAAAUGUUUGAAUACUCAGGUUGAUUUUGUGUGAAGGUGAGCGUUUGUGUCCAGGACAAAUUCAUUAGGUAUCCAUAAGCUGUGCUUUGAUACCUCUCAUCUGUUAUUUUGUUUUUUUCUUUUCUUUUAUACUUCAGCAAUUCUGAAUUCUAUCACACACGAAACAAUACAGCAGGAUGCCAAUCAUAAUAUACAGAAAGCGAUCAUCAAAGGGUAAAUUAUACUCAUGGGCCAAUUGUGAUCCUGUCAAGUAACACAUAGCAGCCAGUUUGAUGUUGCUAGACCAGUAACAGCUACUGGCUUAUUUGUUGCUGUUGUCUGAACUACAUCUAAUUUUUCUACAUAAUGUCCAGAGUUUCUGUUCUUUGACUCAGUGGUUUUUGUGGAAAAAUACAGAGGCCAGAUGACGAUGUUGCCAAGUUCACGUCUCAUGUUUUGGUGACUGAACCUCAAUCCACAGUUCAUCUCAUAAUAAAGAUGUGUGCUCUUUUGUUUCCUUCCUUAAAAGGCUUUGAAAGUCACUCACAAAAGAAAAGUAUAACAUUACCUAUGAAAAACACUACUUUUAAAUAAUUCUUGUGCAUCUGCUGAAUCAUGGGUAAUCCUGAUUAUGAUUUGUGUAAAACAUUGUUACCAAUAAAUCAAGUAACAAAUACAAA